CGGGACGGCAGCCCGCUGAGCCGAGCCGAUACUCAAGAUGGCAGGUCUAUCUUUAUACUUUGAAGAUGGCCAUGAUGAUCUGGAUGAUUUUGGAUUUGAUGACUAUGGUUCAGAGUGCGACGGAAUCCGCAUCACAGCCUUCCUCGAUGCAGGACAAGACAACUUACUCCUCUUGGGGGGGAGGGAGAAGUAUGCCUUCAGUGAGAAUGUCUUCAACAGGCAGAUCGUGGCCCGUGGCCUGCUUGAUGUGCUUCGAGAAUUCAGUGACAAUGAAAAUGACUUUAUCAGUGUCAUGGAGACAGUUGCCAGAAUGUCAGAAGAUGGAGAGCCCACAGUGCGAGCUGAACUGAUGGAGCAGGUUCCUAACAUUGCCAUGUUCUUACACGAGAGCCGGCCCAACUUUCCAGCAGCUUUCUCAAGAUACUUGGUCCCCAUUGUAGUCCGAUAUCUCACUGAUCCAAAUAACCAGGUGCGGAAGACCAGCCAGGCAGCACUGCUGGUCUUGUUGGAGCAAGGCCUCAUCUCUAAAGCUGAUAUGGAGACCAAAGUUUGUCCAGUUCUGCUCGACCUCACAGAACCCAGCAGUGACGAUGACUACAAAAUUGAAGCAGUUGCUAUCAUGUGUAAAGUUGUCACCAUGUUGAGCAAAGACACAGUGGAGCAUCUACUACUGCCACGCUUCUGUGACCUGUGCAGCGAUGCCAGACUCUUUCAAGUCCGGAAGGUCUGUGCCGCUAAUUUUGGAGAGUUUUGUUCUAUUGUGGGUCAGGAGGCCACAGAAAAACUACUGAUGCCCAAGUUCUUUGAUCUAUGCUCAGACAGUCUGUGGGGCAUCAGGAAAGCCUGUGCUGAGUGCUUCAUGAUGGUCUCCAACUCUACCUCCCCAGAGGUGCGACGUGAAUUGUCCCCCCUGUUCAUCAGCCUCAUCAGUGACCAGUCUCGCUGGGUGCGACAGGCUGCCUUUCAGUCUCUAGGACGCUUCAUCUCCACCUUUGCCAAUCCCUCAAGCACAGGCUUUCACUUCAGAGAGGAUGGCGCCCUACUAGAGGUCCCCCGGUGUACAUUGGACAGCGACUGCUCCCUAAACUCUCUGAACUGCUCCGACAUUAGUGGCUGCCACACAGGAAGAACCAUCGCUCACACACCUCCCAACCAGGACGGCCGUGCCACACCGUCCCCAGAGCACGUGUCAACAGCUGACAGUGACGAAAUGCACAACUUUGAUGACAUCCACACUUCUGUUCCCAGGGAGAUGCGUGGCGGCUUCAUCCGCACGUUCUCAAACAGCAACACUAACCCUACGACUACAAACAACGCUAAGAACGCAAAAGACACAGAGCAGACAGAUGAGAACUUUAAUUCUUUCAAUUAUUGGAGAUCUCCUUUACCAGACAUCAGUGGGGAACUGGAGAUGCUAAAUUGUCAAAAAUCAGAGGAAGUGAUAGAGGAAGAGGAGAAAGAGGAACUUGAUUGUCCUGAUUCCAAGCCCAGCCCUGGCAAAGCCACCAGUGACCAGAUCCAGAAAGUCUUGGACUGUUUGCAACCGCACAUGGAUGACCCUGAUGUACAAGCUCAAGUCCAGGUGUUGUCAGCGGCUCUAAAGGCAGCUCAGCUCGACAGCCCAGAAGAUGACAGCCCGACAGAUGACGGCCUGACUGAACCCGAGCCACAAGAGCAGCCCGAGGACAACAUCGACCGUGUGUCCGUGGAGAGCAAAUCUGUGGAGGUUCAGUCUGAGAGGGAAGAGAGUCCCACAGAAGAGGAGCAAACGAUAGAAACUUCUCCAGCCUCAGAGUCAAGCCCUGUCCAGGAGCAAGGGGACGAAGAGACGCAGACAGAGACCCUGGAGGACCAGGAAGAGUCUCCUCCUGGCUCCCCUAUUUUAGAGUCUGAACUAAUUGAGAGUGUGGAGGAGGAUGGAAAGGGAGACUCUGCUCACAGCCCAGUGUUUGAGGAUAAGCCCAAAAUCCAGAAUGUCAUCCCCCAGCAGCUGUUGGAUCAGUACCUUUCUAUGACUGACCCGGCUCGGGCCCAGACAGUGGAUACAGAGAUAGCCAAACACUGUGCCUUCAGCCUGCCGGGGGUAGCGCUCACUCUGGGACGACAGAACUGGCACUGCCUCAAGGAUACAUAUGAAACCCUCGCUACUGAUGUGCAGUGGAAAGUGCGGCGUACGCUGGCUUUCUCCAUCCACGAGCUGGCAGUUAUCCUGGGAGACCAGCUGACAGCAGCUGAUCUGGUGCCUAUCUUCAAUGGUUUCCUCAAAGACUUGGACGAGGUCCGCAUUGGCGUGCUCAAACACCUCUACGACUUCCUCAAACUGCUGCACGCAGACAAGAGGAGAGAAUACCUGUACCAGCUGCAGGAAUUCAUGGUGACGGACAACAGCCGUAACUGGAGAUUCAGAUAUGAGCUGGCAGAGCAGUUGAUCUUGAUCAUAGAGUUGUACAGCCACAAUGACGUGUUUGACUACCUCAGACAGAUAGCCCUCACACUCUGCUCUGACAAAGUCUCAGAGGUCAGGUGGAUCUCAUACAAACUGGUUGUAGAGAUCCUUCAGAAGCUGUAUGCAUGUGGGGCCGAUGAUCUGGGCCUGAACUUCAUCAAUGAGCUCACCGUCAGGUUCUGCCACUGUCCCAAGUGGGUGGGACGACAGGCCUUUGCCUUAUCUGCCAGGUCUGCCAUAGUGGAGGAGGACUGCAUGCCCAUGGAGCAGUUUGGCCAGCACCUCUUGCCCAGCCUGCUCAGCCUGUCCUCAGACCCGGUGGCCAAUGUCCGCGUACUGGUGGCCAAGGCUCUACGACAGAGUGUCAUGGAGAAAG